CCAGGUAACAGAACGUGAAACAAAUCGUGAGGAAUUGGACGGAGAAGAAACUGCUGUCGAUAUAAAGUAUUUUUUUUUGUCGAUAUAGAAUAUAAUUUCUGGUGACCGUUCUGUUCUCGAUGAUCAAAAUGACAAAAUUCACCACAUAGUCCAUUCUUCGUUACACCUCGAAUGUGACCGAUUUUCUGUCGUUAUUUCAUAUGUCAGGAGCGAACCAGUUGGUAAACGUUACGACAGUCACUAGUAUUGGUAAUAAUCUUCAAGUCACCAUUGAAGUGGGACUCGUCUGAAAAAGAGGAGUUCGAUUAAAAAACGUAAUGACUUUUGUUGGGUGAUUGCGUCGUGCCUACAGUAAUAGUGCAUAUGACAGACGGUGACUACCAGGCAUUGUGUUACAGAUAGCAGUCGUCGGCGAGGAGUAGUGCUAGUGACCGAACGGGUACGGCCUGCAGGGGCGCAGUGGCCAGCGGAACCUAGGAACAAGAAUGGAGAACACAGCAACACGGACUGCGCCAUCCCAAGCACAUGGGUCAGUUCGGCGGCAGAUCUCAUUCAAAGUCCACUCAUGCCUUCGCAAUUGGCGGAUUUGGUUCAAGGCUGUUUCGGGCAUCUGUUAUUUGGUUGUUCUCACAGUGUUCUUGCCGUGGUGGAUUACCAAAAUGAUCCAUGAAGGCGCGUCUCAACGAACGCAGGCCUUCCUUGCGGCAGGGGCGUUCCUAAUGAUGACAUCACCCGUCACGUUAUAUGAAAUUGCUGGACAUAUAGCAAAUUAUAGUAAACCUUAUCUACAAAAGCACAUUAUCAGGGUUCUUUGGAUGGUGCCCAUCUAUUCAAUUAAUUCAUGGAUCUCAUUGGGUUGGCCUCAAGGAGGCUUCUAUCUGGACGUUGUGCGUGAAUGUUACGAGGCCUAUGUGAUAUAUAACUUUAUGAUGUUCUUGCUCAACUAUCUGUUCUACGAUCAGGAUUACGACCCAGUCGCUCUUGGUGAACAACCAUCGGUGAAGCAUAUCUUCCCACUUUGUUUCCUUACACCGUGUCGAGGUGGAAUGACAUUUAUCGAUAAUUGCCGACAUGGCAUUCUCCAGUAUACCGUAGUUCGUGUAGUCACCACCUUUAUAGCAGUUGUCACGGAGGCUGCUGGUAGCUACUGUGAGGGAGAGUUUAACCUUUCCUGUUGGUUUCCGUGGGUUCUUCUUGCCAACAAUAUCUCGCAGUUCGUGGCUAUGUACUCACUCGUAAUGUUUUACAAAGCAUACCGAUCCUACCUCGCGCCCAUGUCGCCUAUUGGGAAGUUCCUCUGCAUUAAAGCAGUUGUCUUCUUUUCCUUUUUUCAAAGCGUCCUGAUCAACAUCUAUAUCUGGUGGGAGAACAAAGAAAAGAAAAAAGAAGACCAAGCAGAUGUAGCAGCUACAACAAGAUCGAUACAGGAUUUCCUCAUAUGUAUUGAGAUGUUUCUUGCGGCCAUUGCUCAUCACUACACAUUUUCCUACAAACCUUACCUAUCGGACCGCUUCGGGAAUAUCUCCUUUAUCCAGUCGCUUCUUGCGAUGGUCGAUGUUUCCGAUGUGACAUCUGACAUGCAACAACAUAUACGUGUCAUCGGAAACAGCGUUACAAGUUUAGGAAACCGACGGCUACAAGCACCCCACGAGGAAGCCCACCUGCUUCGUUCGGUGGUCGCGUCAACGGAGGAGGAGCAACUUCGCACAAACGAGGAAAUUCGAAGACUCGCGGUCUUCGAAGCUGUCACGGGAGGACGUCCUGAUCACCCAACUCGACCUGCAAUGACUGCUGAGAACGAUGACGAGCAGUUACUUUUAUAAGCAUUGCCUCCUACGAGCAGUUAGUUGACGAGAAAAUGCGUAGCAGGCAGGUGUAUAUUAUGAAAAGUGUUCGUAAUGGUGCUCUGCAGAAGACGAUUUGUUAUCUAGCCUUUCCUAGAAUCGUCUAAAUUCGUUUGUAGAAGCUGCGGAUGGCCUCCUAUAGUGUGUGCUCGUCAAUAAGAAGACCUCACAAUUCGAGAAAACGGACACGGGAUAAGCUUCCGCCGACAACAACGCGCUGCCAAAUUCCCUCUAGUGGCACCACCUAAUAUGCCUUUUGCCGAAAGAUUAGAAUUUUGGCCGGCAAACUACGAUCUCGUUGUUUGCGCUUAUCCAGCAUCGGGCGAGGAUGCCGUCCUAAAAAUACUCCCCUCACUCUCACUGAAGCUAAGCCUAGCACCGCUCGAAGAGAUGAAGCCAGAAAAAGAUUACGAUACGAAAGCUGACAGUUGUAGCGAUUUAAACGACCACGUGCCUUGUAUUUGUGUGCACACUAUGCAGCUGCCAUUUUGGAGGUCUCGUUGCAAUCCUCGGGCCAGAUAUAGUCUUGUCGUACGCAAAACAAACAAGUAUGUGUUUCUUUUAUUAUUACAAUAAGGCUUUCCGUCGUCUGUACGGCUGCCAACCAGAGGAGAACUGUAGUUUUACCGUCUAUUCAUCGCUGGAAAAGUGGCAUUUGGCGACUACUUUGUUUAUAUCCGGUCGUAGCUAGAGCGAACCUGCAUACCUGACUGUCCUUGCGAGCCUUCACUGGCCGACGCUGAUGACACUAUCAAUCUGCUUGUGGUCACGUACGAAAGCGAUUUCGUCGGUCGAACCGCUGAGCUUCUCGGAGUUCUCACAGGUAGCAGCAACAGUAACGGUAACAGAUAGUGGUGAUCGUAUGCUAACCCAAAAGCAAUUCAGCGGGUUCGUCGGACGGCGGUAACGGUCCGAUCGGCGGGCGUAAGACAGGCUUUGCCGGCGGUUGAGGGAGCCACUUUUCACGUGAGCAUCGGAACGAUUUCGAUGAAUGGAUACGCUGGAAUAGCAACGCGUCAAUCUACAAUAAAGUCCGGUUUGAUGCGCUGUAAUAUUCUUGUAUAUAUAUACAUGUGUGAUUAACAUGUCCUGUUUGAACCUAUUGUUAUUUGAACUAAAUUGUUACUAUUAUUAUUUUCUACAUCGUGCAUCGUAUGCCGAUUUAAACAUAAAAAAACAAGCAUUCUUACAACGGUACUGAGGACCAAUAGAUAUUUUUUCAAAGGACUUUACCGUGAUGCUCUUUUGUUUGUGCAUUCAUCAUUCAAUUGUACAUAAUAGUUAUGAUAAUAUCAGCGAUACGCAGUUUUGCGUAUCAAUAAUGCAGGCAUAUACUCGAACUAUGUGUCAUUUACUGUUCAAUUGUUGUAUGCCUAAAAAUAUACAGAAAUUUUAAGCAACAUCAAUACGGAAGCGAAGAAAAAAAACAAAUAAACACACAUUUCAUCAUUGUAACGUAGUGUCAAGAAAGACAUUUACUUCAGAGAUAAUCUGCAUAAAACAUGUGUAAGCCUUUUCUGUUCAUGUUGUUAAUGAGCAAUGAAUGAAUUGACUCGCUGCAGCAAUUAUAGAAACCAUGAA